AUAUAAACAAUAGUUCCAUUUAAUAACCUACGAAAUAAAAUAAACAAGUUGGUUGCAUAAUGUAGAUGUAGUCAAGCAAAACGUUUAGCUGAUCGUGCAUAAUGUAAACCUUUCGAUCUGGAACAAUACAACUUGACGCACACAUUACAUUACCACAGGAAAAAUUAAUAAUGAACGGAACGAAACACCACGAUAACUCAUACGGCACGAAGCAGGAGUCGACACACGUAUGGGUGGAGGUACCUGGAGGUGGGGGCAAACGGGCGGGGGUCGGUAACAAGGUAGAGCCCCUGGAGGCGGGCCAGGGUUCCACCCUGAGCGCGCACGAUAUCCACUACUCCGUUCCUGUGAAGGAAAAGGCGUGCUCGUGUGCCACCAAGCAGAAGCAAAUUCUGAAAGGAAUCCAUGGCCUAUUUCGACCAGGGAUGAAUGCCAUCCUAGGUCCAACAGGCAGCGGUAAAUCAUCGCUGCUGGAUGUACUGGCAGGCAGGAAGGAUCCUGAGGGUUUGUCCGGUACCCUGCUACUGGAUGGACAACCCUUGCCUGAAAACUUCAAGUGCAUGGUCGGCUACGUCGUACAGGAUGAUGUGGUGAUGGGGACCCUGAGUGUUCGUGAGAACUUCCACUUUUCUGCGGCCCUGCGACUGCCCAGCUCAGUGACCCCAAAAGAACGGGAGGAGCGAGUCAACAAGGUGAUAGAGGAGCUGGGACUGCAGCAUUGUGCAGACACGAAGUGUGGAAAUGAGUUUAUCCGGGGUAUAUCUGGUGGUGAGAGGAAGCGGUGCAACAUCGGCAUGGAGCUCAUCAUCUCCCCACCACUGCUUUUCCUUGAUGAGCCCACCACGGGCUUGGAUGCCAACACUGCCGGCACUGUCAUGCUGCUCCUGAAAAAGUUGUCAAUGAAAGGACGUACAAUCAUAUUCUCCAUCCACCAGCCCCGCUACAGCAUCUAUCGUCUGAUAGAUGGCCUCAUGCUAUUGUCGAUGGGGGAGACCAUUUACCAUGGGCCGUGUGAAGAGUCCUUGACAUUUUUCAAGAACAUUGGAUACACCAUAGAGGAGCACAAUAACCCCCCGGACUUCUUCCUGGACGUCAUCAAUGGUGACCCAAAUGUCGCAACAUCCAACAUCCGUGAAAUGAUUGCCUCCACAGAUAUGGAAAAGAUAACCAGCAAUGGUGUUUAUCAGUCAGGUGAAGAAACAGUUCACCAGAAGUUGGUUAAUGAAUUUCAGAGAUCACAGUGGGCCAAGAGCCUGCAGAGCACAUUGGACCCUGUGCUGGCUGGGUACCGGGAGAGGCUGCGUGUAGGCACCGUAAAGCGCCUGCCCCCAGUUCAGUAUGCAACCAACGCCUUCACCCAGCUGCUGUACUGCAGUCAGCGCACUCUGAGGAACCUGAUCAGGAACCCUGCAGUCUCCGUGCUACAGGUGCUCACCAUGGCCAUAUUUGCUGUUGUCGUUGGAGCAAUCUACUGGAACGUGGACAAGUCAUGCAAGUCAGGCCUGCAAAACAGGACUGGUGCCUUCUUCUUCAUCAUCAUGAACAUGGUGUUUGGUAACCUGUCUGCUGUAGAACUCUUCAUUAAAAACAGAGCCAUAUUCUUGCAUGAAAAUGUGAGUGGUUUCUACAGAGUGUCCUCGUACUUUCUGUCCACGGUGAUCUGCGAUGUUAUCCCUAUGAGGUUCCUGCCUACACUGGCCUUCUCUUCAGUCGUCUACUUUAUGAUAGGUUACGAGAACAGUUUUGACAAGUUCUGCCUGUUCUUCCUGGCGCUGUUUGGCGUGUCUCUGGCGGCCUCCUCCAUCUCUUUCUUCAUCAGCGCCCUAGUGAGGAUCUUCGCUGUUGCCAACCUCCUCAUUGCCAUGUGCUACGUCGUCAUGAUGGUGUUCAGUGGGUUGCUGGUUAAUCUGGACACCAUCCCAGACUUCCUGGAGUGGAUCAAAUACAUCAGCAUCUUCAAAUACAGUUUGCAGGCCUUGUCCAUAAAUGAGUUGAAGGACUUGACCUUUGAUGGCAACUGUACGACUGGAAAUGAGUACCUGGAUUUCCAGGGCAUAUCGUACGGUUCCCUGUGGGAUCUCUGGGUGAACUACGUGGCCCUGUUUGUCAUGUCCACUGGCUUCCUCAUACUGGCCUACCUACGCCUACGCUUCAUGAACAAGCUACGAUAACCAGCACCAAGCCAAUGAUUCAUGAACAAGCUACUAAAACAAGCACAAUGCCAAUAAUUCAUGAACAAGCUACAAUAACCUGACAAUCAAAUCCAACAUUACAAACAAUUCCAAAUUAUGUUCUUUUAGCAGUUCUGUGUUGUUUUAUUUUCACAAAUUAUACCUUCAUAUAAGUUCAUCCAACUUCUUGCCUUUAUUUCCAGAUGAUGUUACCAUGUAUAGUUAUAUAGUGCAUAUCAUGUUUGUGUGUAUCUUUAGUUUUUAUGCCCCUGGUAGGGUGGCAUAUAGCAUUUGAACUGUCUGCAAGUCUGUCCGUCCGAAAACUUUAACAUUGCCCAUAACUUUUGCAAUAUUGAAGAUAGCAACUUGAUAUUUGGCAUGCAUGUGUAUCUCAUGGAGCUGCACAUUUUGAGUGGUGAAAGGUCAAGGUCAUCCUUCAAGGUCAAAGGUAAAAAAAAUUCAAAGCGGUGCAGUAGGGGGCAUUGUGUUUGUGACAAACACAUCUCUUGUUUAUAAAUAAUUUUGUUUCAUUUUUAAUUUACAAUGUGUUAUGCUCUUACAUAACAGUGAUAGCAAAAUUGCAAAAAAGAUGUAAGCUUUUAAUUAAUCUGUAAAUAUAUAGACAUUUUUAGGCAAAUUUCUAUGGUUUUAUAUUGAUAGUUCUUAGGCACAUAAAUAUAUGUGCUUAUUAGGGUUCCUAUUCACAACGCUUUUUGGGAAAACCUGACAUUCAGUUUUCCUGCAUAAAUUUCACAUGAUUUUAGCUCACACGAACAUUUAGUGGUGAGCAAUAGUGGUAGGUGGCCCUUUGGUAUCUGGUGUCGCCAACAAUUUGCUUCAAACAGGAUCUCCUCCUACUAUCCACAAAACUUGCGAGGAAUUAUCCAUUUUAGACCACAUUUUAAAGUUGUUCAAAGCAUUGCCGUGCAUGUAGGCCAUCAGAGCUAAAAAAUAUUUUUCAGUGGAAACUUUGGUCUUCACAAUCUUGUUCAAAUCAUGCCUCUUGGGUAAAAACUAGGCAGGCCCUUGGGGGUCAGAUGAUUUAUUUAGACUUGUAAAAGAAAUAAAAAAUCUCUGAAACCACAUGGCUCAAAGGUUUACUGUUUGGUGUGUAACAUCCUUUAGUGAUUUCCUACACAAAAGUUUUAAUCAUGCCCCUUGGGUAAAAACUGGGUCACAAGAUUUUCAUAGGCUAUCAUAGUGAAUAAAUACAAAUCUAUGAAACCACAAGGAUCAGGGGUUUCUGAUUUGAUGUUUUACCUCAUCUUGCAUUCCUGUACUAAGUGUCUUCAAAUCACGUCCCUAUAAUCAAAAUUGGUGGUGCCCCAGGGCCACAUAAUGAAUAGAAUUACAUAGUUGAAUUAAGAAAGUUUAUGAAGCAAAAACAAAAAGGCAAGAAGGUGUAAUGUUCAGAUUGUAACAUCAUAUAGUUUUGUUUAGACAAUGACUCUUGGAUCAAAAUAAGUGUAGUGCCCGACGCCGACUACCUGAGACCGCCACAGAGCGCUAUGUGCGCGGCCUCACAAUGCCGAUGUUCCUUCCGAAACCCUCCGAAGGCCAAUUACAAAAUAACAAUGUAAUUAUAACUUUCCUUAGGCUACCUGCCUUCUGAUCAUGAACUUAAAAUAAUCGAGUCGCUUCAGAUAUAUACAAUGCGACCAAAGAAGGGACUGAUGCCUUCAACGAAUCCUCCGGCUUCCGUGAAGCUACUGGUUACCGCCUCCGUGAGGCUACUGGCUCACGUCACCCCAAGGCCUUAGGUGAAGCUUCCGUCACUGCCUUGUACGACGUCCGUAGUAUCCAACACUCUGAAAACCCUCUCCAAGAAACAGGAACUCUGCAGCCCUGGCAGCACCGUUUAAAGCUUGCAGCCAACGUAAAUACCCAACUGCUCCAGAAUACUGUUCUUUUAGAGUAAUGUGCCUUUUCUUCAGAUGUUGAUCCGCUCGCAUACACCGGUGAACUGCCUAACUUGUCUAUUUGCAAGCCUUUAUAUACUGGCGAACAGAGAAAACGGAAAGGCACGAUCCGGAAACUAUCGACGUUUCCGAAUUCCCUCCGCACUCUACGGAGAUUACCGAUCAGCAUUUCUCCUUCACUUACACAGAAACUAGCCGUAUAUAUACGCAGGAUUUUACUAGAAGCAUUUCUUAAAUAUCAAAUACUCUUUAAAUGCUUAAUACAUUAUUUUUAGCCAUACAAUUAACUUACUUUAUGAAGAACAAGUUACAAUUUCAUAUUGUUUACCUGGCAAAUUUAAAACUAAGGGAGGUAAUUAUACUGUAGCAGUAAAAAUACGCAAAGCAUCUAUUUCGACUACGAAUCCUUUCGUUAUAUAAGCUUCUCCUGGGGCUGUGCGGGUGUAAUGGUUUAAAUUGAAUUUAUAUUUGACAUCUGACAUUUAAGUGUGCUCCUCUACACAGAUAAGUGAAAUUUACCCGUAUGAAACAGGCCACAGUGUUCACAGGUGAGCAAUACUUUGUAAUCUUUGCCCUCUUGUUUGUGCAUUAUUGUUUCUAUGUGAAAUCAAUGUUUUCAGUUUAUACAAUAACUUUCUAGUCAGAGUAUAUGGCUUUUUAAACAAACAGCAAUAAGUUAUGUUAUCACAAUUUUUUUGUUUUUUUAAUAUGAAGAUUACCAUAUGAAACACAUAAGCAUUGAUUUUGAGCUAUUAUUGCGUAAUUCUUUACUUAUCUUGAUUGGUAAUGUUGACCAAAUAUGACUCCUAUGUUAAGAAAAAAGAAGUGUUGUACAAUGUAGCCAUGCUUGCAUCACAAACUCAACUCAAACAUGAAAUCUUAAGCUGAAUCAGGUUUCUUUAUACAGUGACCUUGAUCUUGAUCACACCCAGUCCAUGUGCAAGCCCUGAAAAUAAGGAAUCUAUGUAUAAAGUAUCAUUAUUACAAGGCUCAAUUUAGUGGGGGUGGGUGGGGGUGCCUUGGCACAAGUUGUUGUGAUCUAUAUAUGAAGUUUGAUAAAAGUGUCCAAGUUUGAUGAGCUGUAACCUGUCUAUAUAGCUUACAUGUAAAAUUCAAAAUGAAUAAAAAGCCCUUCAUUACGACUAAUUUCAAACUAGAAUUACCAAAUUUAACCUAUGGGGUUAUUUUAACAUGGUGGAUUAAGUGUUUUAAGUUUGAGUGAUAUCCCUCAAGACAUUCCAGAAAACAAACAGGUAGCUUACAGAAAAACAUGAAUAUUUUUUAUAUAUGCAAAUUUCUCUUUAACCUAUAGGGUCCAUUAAAUAUGGUUAAUGCAUGGUUUAAGUUAGAUUAAAUCCCUCAAGCCAUUCCUGAGAAACCAGCAUACCAAAAAACUUAACCCUAGGAUGCUUUUGCCGUUGCUUGGGCAAACGGGUUAGAUUGCUUUUUCUUUCAAAAGUACAGCUUAAAAUUCUUAACAACUUAGUGAUAAUAUAUAAAACUUUAAAGUAUAGUUAUUUCAUUGAUUUUGAGAAGUUUACCAAACAAGUUUUUUUAAGAAGACACAUGAAUACUGGUCAAUAUUUUCUACCACAUUUUUCUCUCUGUACGGUCUUAUUUGUGCUAAACAUGCCUGUACAAAUUUGAAUGUUUUUGAAGUGGGUGUUCUUUUGACCUGUACAACAAAUAGUGCAUCCAAUGACCAAAAAAAUGAUGUAUUGACAAUCAAACGUGACAUAUCUGCUGGGGAAUGUAUAUUUUUCCUUAUAUGGCAUCUACUGAUAGUUAUACUUUUAUAUGUGAUAUAUGUGAUACAUGACUUUGAAAAUACACUUUAUAUGUGAUAUAUGUGAUACAUGACUUUGAAAAUACACAUGCAUAUUAAAUUUUAA